AUGACGGAAAGCGAGUCCAGGCACCCUUCGCUCACACGAGCCGGUUCGCGGCAACUUUCCGAAAAAGAUGGUGCUGAAGAGCGCCGACCCAGCUUACCGGCCGAUGUGAGCGACGACGAAAAGUCGCGCAACGACGUUGACAUUCCCGUCGAUCCACAAGGAGUACAUCAUCCAUCCAUGGUACCUGACGCAGAAGGGAGGCGCGAAUUGAGGGAAUGGGAAUGCUGGGACAAGCUCGCAUACACAUGGCCCAAGUGGAAAAAGGCCAUGUACCUGGCUUCCAUUGCCGGAAUUCAGAUCAGUAUGAAUUUUAAUACAAGCGUGUAUCCGUCGGCCGUCAAUCCCAUAUCGGAACAUUUUGGCAUCAGCACACAGGCGGCGCGAGUUGGGCAGAUGAUAUAUCUCGUCUUCUACUCAUUUGGUUGCGAACUGUGGGCUCCAUGGAGCGAGGAAUUUGGCAGAUGGCCCAUUCUACAGCUCAGCAUGUUUCUCAUCAACAUUUGGGAGAUUCCAUGCUCGGUAGCCCCGAAUUUCGGGACGAUUGUUGUCUGCAGAGCUUUGGGUGGUCUUUCUACCGCAGGAGGUAGUGUCACUCUCGGCCUCAUCGCAGAUAUGUACGAGCCAGAGACUCAACACUGGCCCCUAUGCUUUAUCGUACUGUCCUCGACAAUCGGAACCAGUAUUGGUGGUGUUAUCGGUGGUCCGAUCGAACGCUUCCUCACAUGGAGAUGGAACUUUUGGAUCCAAUUGAUCUUCGGCGUUGUCGUACAGGCCGUGCAUUUCUUUAUGCCCGAGAGUCGAGCCACCAUCCUCAUCGACCGCGAAGCGAAGCGACGUCGCGAAACAGGCGAAGACCCUAACGUAUACGGACCGAACGAACUCAAGAAGCCUCGAAUCUCGCUCAAGGAGGCGGGCAAAAUCUGGCUCCGACCUUUCGAGAUGUUCGUCCGCGAACCUAUCGUCUUGUUCCUAUCGCUGUUAUCAGGCUUCUCUGAUGCGUUGAUCUUCACUUUCCUGGAAGCCUUCAACGUCACUUUCCCGAACAACUUUGGCUUCGGUACCCUGGCCGUGGCAUGGGCUUUCAUUCCCAUUAACGCAUCGUACUUCUUUACCUACUUCCUAUAUUGGCCAUGGUUUUGGCGCGAUGAUCAUCUCCGCAAGAAGAAUGGCCCAGACUGGAUGUCUCCUGAGCGACGUCUCAAGCCCCUUCUUCUGCUAGCGCUUUUCGAACCCAUUGGUUUGUUUGGCUUUGCUUGGACUUGCAUGGGUCCUCCACAGACACAUUGGAUAGCGCCAAUGAUCUUCUCCUUCCUCGUCGGUCUUGCCAACUUCGCAAUCUAUUACUCUUCCGUCGACUACAUGAUCGCCGCCUACGGACCAUACUCUGCCUCGGCUACGGGUGGCAACGCUUUUGCUCGCGAUUUCCUUGCAGGGAUCUCCGCCAUGUACGCUACACCGCUAUACAACAACCUCGCCGGUUCAAGCCCCCAGAAAUCCGAGUAUGCGACCACGCUUCUGGCGUGUCUGUCUUGUCUGAUUGUGGUUCCCAUUUAUGUCUUCUACUGGAAGGGACCUCAGAUCAGGAAGGCUAGCUUUUUUGGACUGCACAAGACAUGA